AACUUCGGUCCUUAGCUUGGGAGAGAAACCAUGUUAAGGGUUAGCUAAGACUUCGUAAUAGCCAUGACACAAUAUCACGUGAGAUGUCAAUGCCAUCGAUUAUCGCUGUGCAUCUGGCGUCGUUCCUCAUUGCCUCGCACACCAAAACCCAGUCCAACUCAUUACUCCGCCAUGCCUGCCGUUCGAGGGGAGAUGUGGGAACAUUUCUACGAAGGAGCUUCCCGCAACAAAUCACAUUCUGAUGCAUGGUGCCGUUACUGUGUCGAUCAUCACCGCCCAAAUUCCGCAACCCAGCCAACGGAGGUCGAUGGAGAGGGAAGAGAGGAGGUGGCUGGUCUUGAUCUACUCCACGAAUCGUGGUUCAAACAAGCAUGUGAAAAAGUGAAAUCAGUGAACGGCGAAAAGAAAGCUAUGAUCGCACACCUGAUCGGCGGCCGGUCUGAGUGUCCGCAUGCUCCCGAUCACGCUAAAAAUGCUGCCCGUAAAUUACGUGGGGGGCUCAAAGAAUCGACGAAAGCAUCGGAAGGAAAGCCCAAGCCUAAGCCAAAACGAGCCAUUUUCCAGGCUGUCGAGAAGACAUUUACGCAGACUGAGCUCAAGGUUUUCAAGGACUGUUCGCGCCACGAUCUCUGCUAAUCUGCCGUUCCGUUGGAUAGCUGAUCCGGAGGUUCUCCGACUGUUGAUGAUGCUCCGCUCUGCAAUUGGGGACGCGCUACCCAGUCCUAAUCAAGUCUCUGGAACACUUUUGGACCUGGAAGAGAAGCGGGUGACUGACAAUGUCAAGACCAUUCUCCGUGGUCAAUAUGUCACUGUGUCGAUUGAUGGUUGGAGUGAUAAGGCAUCUGUUCUCGGAGUUGAUGUCUCCUUCGACGGCAAGGCAUAUCUUGUCCGAUCAGUCUCAAUGAAAGGACGUGGGAAAGAUGGUCCUGCGAUGUGUCGCACAUUCAUCGAGAUGAUUGACUGGGUGGAGCUCGAGUAUGCAUGCAAUGUGGUCGGUUUUUGCUGUGACAAUGAUGGUGGGAGUCAGAAGGGACGGAAACUGCUUCGAGUUGAGCGUCCGUGGUUGUUCAACCCGCCAUGCUGCGCACAUCAGGGGCAACUUAUUUUGGCGGACUACUUCAAAGAGAAUCGAGAUGGAUCUCAAACCUCCGAAGAAACCGCUGAUAUGCUCGGCUGGAUCCGAUCACAUGAAAAAGUACGCGACAUCUUUGAUGAGGUCCAGGUGGAGAAAAAAGGUGGUGAGCCACUGGCGUAUCUGGUCGCGAAUCUGACGCGCUGGACCACUCACACCAUCUCGUUCCAUCGCACGCUGUCAUUGAAGGAGCCGCUACGCCAUGCUGCUAUUCUUCGUUGCGCGGACAUCUUGCAGGCACAGCUCGGUGCUGAGAAGAACAAGAAGAAAAUUGCUGCCGUUGAGAAGGAGGUCAACCGCUUCUGUGAACUCCUCGACGACCCUGGAUACUGGAAGCGACUAGAAAGAGUGUCUGAGGACAUCGAGCCUGUCUGUUAUAUCACAAACAUCAAUCAAGCUGACAACACUCGUGCCGAUCAAGUCCUUCUCGGUCUCGCCGGAGUAUACCUUCAUUUUAGUCGUCAUCCUGAUCCUAUUGUGCGCGCUGGCAUGCUCGCUCGGCUUGAGAAACGAUGGGAAGCACUGGAUCAGCCGAUGUUCCUCUUCGCAGUGAUUCUGAACCCAUAUGAGAAGACGGAUCGGUUCGGUGGGGAGGCUGCAGUUAGCGUCUUCACACUGGCUAGCAUUUUAGUGGAGCUUUACACUCGAGUCAAGCUUCGCAAACUUCCUGACCAGGAUCUCUCCGAGGUUGAAUCGCGAAAACAAGGUGAAGUCCGCGCUGCAUUCAUGCACUAUAUUUCAGGAACCGGACCCUUUGCCGACUUUGAAACAAAUCAGGAAGUCUUUUCCCAAACAAAUGGAACAGAUCCUAUCCUUGUGUGGCAAACAUUCCGCUCUGUUGCCCAAGUUUCCGAGCUUGCUGAGCUGGCGAUGAUCCUCCUCGGGCUUUCAGUCAAUCAAGGAGGCAAUGAACGUGAUUUCUCAGAUUGGAAAGUCAAACGAACUCGAUUGCGCAACCGGCUGUCAUUUACGAAAACCACAAAGAUGUCGAAGACGGUCUUCAAGAAAAACGGCACGCACGAAAGAAUCACGAUGACGACCGUGUCUCCCAAUUGAUUGCGGUACCACGAUAUGCCGACGCGCUUGAAAUAUCAGACCUCGGCAACGAGGAACGUUCAUCCGAGUCCGUGCUGGUAAACUCGGCAAGAUCGUGGCGCUGUUCUCAGGCUCGCUGGAUUCUCGCGGCGAGAGAAUUGGAGGAUGAUGAGGAUGGAAUACAGUUGUUAGAACUGACGCAAUCUCUCGGAGCUGCAACAAAGCGGUGGUUACCACGCACUCUGAACAAUCUUUUCGGGGAACGCGCUAAACGACCAUUAAAGCUACAAAGAAAGCAUCAAUUCACUGACGAGGAGCGGUUGAUGGAACUCUUGGCCGCCGAGCACUCUGAUGAGGAACCCGACGAUGGUGCUUUAGAGGGUUCAGGAGACGAGUACACUGAGUAGAUAUCAAAG